AGAACCCUGAGGGCAUUCCAGGGGGUGGGCAGCUGGGCCAGCCGUGCGGAGGUGGGCAUGACUGUAGCUUCUAGCUAAACCAGGCAUCGGUCCAGGCAUCGGUGGCGGGGAGCCAGGCCUAGGCCAGCCCGGGCCCACCCAGACUGGCCCCUAACGAGCUCCCAAGUGGCCUGUGGUGCCUUGGCCUCAGUUUUGCCAGCUGUGAACUGGGACCGUCGCUGCUAAGGCCAUGGACACCUUCAGCACCAAGAGCCUGGCUCUGCAGGCGCAGAAGAAGCUCCUGAGUAAGAUGGCGUCCAAGGCAGUGGUGGCCGUGCUGGUGGAUGACACCAGCAGCGAGGUGCUGGACGAGCUGUACCGCGCCACCAGGGAGUUCACGCGCAGCCGCAAGGAGGCCCAGAAGAUGCUCAAGAACCUGGUCAAGGUGGCCCUGAAGCUGGGACUGCUGCUGCGUGGGGACCAGCUGGGCGGUGAGGAGCUGGCGCUGCUGCGGCGCUUCCGCCACCGGGCGCGCUGCCUGGCCAUGACGGCCGUCAGCUUCCACCAGGUGGACUUCACCUUCGACCGGCGCGUGCUGGCCGCCGGGCUGCUCGAGUGCCGCGACCUGCUGCACCAGGCCGUGGGCCCCCACCUGACCGCCAAGUCCCACGGCCGCAUCAACCACGUGUUCGGCCACCUAGCCGACUGCGACUUCCUGGCUGCGCUCUACGGCCCCGCCGAGCCCUACCGCUCCCACCUGCGCAGGAUCUGCGAGGGCCUGGGCCGGAUGCUGGACGAGGGCAGCCUCUGAGCCCCGGGGACGCCCGACCGCGCCCCUCGCGCCUUUUGGGGCUCUCCUGCUGGGCGCGGGUGGGGUUUGUGGGUUUUUUUCCACCUCUUUUCUCUCAAUCAGACUCGGCCAAACUCCCCUAGACAGGUGGGUGACCUGUCCCCUUUUGAGAGGAUGCUGAGGCAUCUGUAGCAGCUGUUUCAAACACCGAUGUCACCUCUCCUCCUGGCCCCCGCCCAAUGGGGAGAGGAAUUCGGGGCCCUACUCUGGGGAUCACCUUCCACCCGUUUGUACUUUCCGGGCCACACCGACCCCUGGGUCGCUUGAUGUAAAAGCCAAAAGCUGCUGCUUCCCACUUGGAUCAUGUCACCUGGGAUUUUCAUCUCCUCGCACAAGGACUAGGGGUUCACAUGGUGAACUGGGGGAAGGGAAGUGUUAGGGGGCAAGUCGCGGCACCCCCCAUCCAUAAACUCACGUCCUAACCCCCAGGACCUCAGAAGAUGAUCUGAUUUGGAAAUAGGAUCAUUACAGAUGGAAUUAGUUCAGAUGAUCUCAUCUUGGAGUAGGGUGGGCCCCAAUUCAAGGACUGGGCUCCUUAAAAAAAGGGGGCCUGGGGCAGGGUGCAGUGGCUCACGCCUGUAAUCCCAGCACUUUGAGAGGCUGAGGUAGGCGGAUCACGAGGUCAGGAGAUUGAGAUCAUCCUGGCUAACAUGGUGAAACCCCAUCUCUACUGAAAAUACAAAAAAUUAGCUGGGCAUGGUGGCACAUGCCUGUAGUCCCAGCUACUCGGAGGCUGAGGCAGGAUAAUCACUUAAACCAGGAGGAGGAGGUUGCAGUGAGCCGAGAUCGUGCCACUGCACUCCAGCCUGGGUGACAGAGCAAGACUCUGUCUCAAAAAAAGGAGAGGGGGAUUGGGGCCAGGUGCAGUGGCUCACUCCUAUAAUUCCAACACUUUGGGAGGCUGAGGCAGGAGGAUUGCUUGAGCUCAGGAGUUCAAGACCAGCCUGGGCAACAUGGUGAGACCCUCGUCUCUACAAAAAAAAAUUAUCGUGGUGGGCCGGGCGUGGUGGCUCACACCUGUAAUCCCAGCACUUUGGGAGGCUGAGGUGGGCAGAUCACAAGGUCAAGAGAUCCAGACCAUCCUGGCCAACAUGGUGAAACCCCAUCUCUACUAAAAAUACAAAAA